AUAAUCUUUCAAGCCUCAUUCACCCAUUGGCGGUUCUUAACCCCCUCCCUCUUGCCACCCGUCAUCCCUAUCCUCCUUACGUUGUAUAACAAACACCCUAGAACUCUCCAACCCUGCUUAUCAUCAUUUUCCUUAAUUUCUUCACUUCUUUUCACCCAAAGAUCACAUCUUUUUCACAUACCCAUUACAUAAAUCUUCACAUACGUUCAUGGCUUUCUCAAAUCAUGAAUCUUGUUGCGUCUUUGUUUGAUUUUUCAUGGUUUUCUGAGACUUUAAGGAGACCAACAAGUGGGGUGGAUAUGUUGGUGAUUUUGGGUUUGGUUUUAAUUGGUUUCUUGAUUGGGAUUGUGGUUGGAUGGGUGUGGAGACCCAGGUGGGCUGGGUUUAGUGAUUGUGUAUUUGAUGGACCAGUGGUCAUGAGUCAAAUGGUUGACUCAGACCAGAAGCAGGAGCAGACCCUUCAUCCCAGUUGCAGCUCAUCGGUUGCCAAGAAAGAUGACGAUCAUCUUCCAAAAGACGAAGAUUUGAAACAUUUAUGGCAUCUUGUGGAGAAGAGAGACGGUGGUCCGCCAUGGAAGCAUAUGAUGGAUGGCUCAACCGCUACCAUGACCUACCAAGCAUGGCAAAGAGAUCUCGAGACGGGUCCCCCACAAUAUUGUAGCAUGACUGUUUAUGAAGAAGCUACACCUGAACUAUUGAGGGAUUUCUUUUGGGAUGAUGACUUAAGACUGAAAUGGGAUGAUAUGCUGUUACAUGCAACUACCCUAGAAGAAUUUCCCGCCAUUGGAGCAAGUGUUGUACAUUGGAUACGCAAGUUUCCGUUGUUUUGCAGUGAUAGAGAAUACAUAAUCGGCAGACGGAUUUGGGAGUUAGAAGGAUCUUUUUAUUGCGUCACAAAGGGAGUGCCAUGCUCUUCGGUCCCAAGAAAGCAGAGACCACGCCGUGUUGAUGUUUAUUAUUCAAGUUGGUUCAUUCGACCAGUGGCAUCGAAGAAAAGGAACAACCAGCCGGCGUGUGAGGUAAUAUUCUUCCAUUACGAAGACAUGGGCAUCCCAUGGGAACUUGCAAAAUUUGGAGUGAGACAAGGGAUGUGGGGAACAGCGAAAAAGAUCGAGCGAGGUUUACGUUGGUACCAAAAGGAACGAGCUUGUUCAGAGACGGUGUCGCACCAUGUAACCAUGGCUCGAAUGAGUACCAAAAUCAAUCAAGACUACUUGGCCCGUUUAGAAUCUGAAUCCGAUGAAGAUGUGACCCAGACCCAAAUGAGAGUCCAUCAAGAGAAACCAGGAGGAAUAGAUACAAACAUACCAAAGCUGUUGGUUAUCGGCGCUGCGGUUGCUCUUGCUUGCAGUAUUGAUCGUGGGCAGUUCACGAAAGCAGUCAUAUUUGGAGUUGCAAAAAGAUUUGGGAAUAUAGGACGAAGAGCGUUUCCUGCACCAAGAUUAUGAUGCCAUAGAUUUCUCUUAUGUGUUUGAUCUUUGAUAUAAUAUAUGUACUUUUUUAUAAAGAGAAACUGGAAUAGAAAUAUACGAAUCUUUAAUCUUUAAACAGUUAAUCAUGUUGAUUUC